AUGAAUAUAUUGCGUUAUUUUGGGAGUCUAUCACAUAAAUUAAAAGGUAUGUAUGUUAAUAGGAAGGAAGUCGUCGAUUCUAUUAAUGAAAUGUUGAAACUUAGGUGUCAAAGGGGGGAAAGAAAAAACGAUAGAACUGUGCUAAUGAAAUCUGGGUGCUCGGAAUUGUUUAUUGCUGGAAUUACAGCUUCACUCAAAGAAUUGAAUAAUCUGAAGAGUGUGGUAUGGUCGUACAUAAAAUCCCCUUUGCAACAUACAAAGGGCCCAUAUUCAAGGAAAAUUUUUAUAUUUGAAAAUGAAAAUUUAAAAAACUGA